CUUCGCCGUUAAUACUAGGUAGUGCGUUUGGUAGUGCGCAGCGGGCCGUGGUGAGCAUACAACAGGUGUCCCGCGAUCGGCUCUCCUGUGAUACCGGUCCAGUUCUCCAUCUUGUUCCCUCGGUGUUUAUUCCCCGUCGCCUUUCACUCCGUGUACGAGUGAACAGAAGCACGACCGAGCGUGAACGUGAACGCGAGCGCGAACGCGUGUGGUGAACAACCUAAGUGUGCGGAUCGGCGUAAUAUGAUGUCGGAGACCGUGGUGACGAUGGAUGGUUCCAGCAACAAUGCCAGCAACAAUCCGCGGCAAGUGCCGACGGUGAAGACGGAACCGGGUCAGCCGAAUCCCCUGGCUGGUAUCAGGCUGAAUGUGGCUUAUUUCAAGACUAUACCCGGCAUCCUCAAGUUGGUGCAGCUGGGUCUGGGCAUAAUAUGUAUGGCUUGUGCAUCUCCAGCAUUUAUAGGUGCAACGCACUGGUUUUUGUUCGUUGCAGUAACGGCCUUUAUAAGCACCCUUAUAUGGAGCGCUAUUUACUUUUUGUCUCUCCGAGAGGUACUUAAGGUGCCCAUCAAUUGGAUUUUAAGUGAACUUCUAAACACGUUUGUGAAAGCCGUGCUUUAUAUGAUUGCAUUCAGCCAGCUAUCGGCUUGGAGUGCAUUGAGAAGUACGGUGGCAGCUUCGAAUAUUGCUGCUGGGGUAUUUGGAAUAUUCAAUACCAUCGCAUAUGCCGCCGGGACUUACUUCCUAUACAUCGAAUGGAAGAGCACUAAUACGCAGUAAGCAUUGUCAACCUAUAGAGGAGAAGCCAGGUACCUGAAGAGCAUGCAACAACAAUUGCCGUGGUCAGACUCUCAGCGUCCGUCCAAAAGGAUUUUGGUAUCCCAAAACCAUAUGCUCGAUAGAAAAGUCACGCUGAGAGUGACGGUUUGUUGAAACUAGUCCGGCAUAAUUCUCCUCAGAUUGUAUGUAACUUAAAGAAAGACUCUAUACCUACGUGCCUUAAGAUUAGUUAUUUGUCGCGAUCAUUGUCGUUAGAGCUAAACCCGCUGCCACUGCGAGAAAGAUUGAUGAUCUGCAAGAGCGAACAAAGUACUGCAUUUGGAAUAUUGCAAUGUCCUAAGACAAUAAUGUUAUUUUAUACUCACCAAGUCUGCGCGGGAUCAUUGAGCCUGUGUCUUUGUAAUAAAAAAAAAAAACCAUAAAAUAGAAUUAACUGAACAAAGAAAUUGAUUGACUUAUUUUAAAAUUAUUUUAAAAACAUUUUUUUACACGGCAGUUGUAAUAAUCUUAUGGCAUGGUUAUUUGAAGAUUAUAUAUUUAACAGGUUUGUUAAUAAUGGAAUAUACAUCAAUAUUAUAAUAUACAAUGUUAAAUAAGAUAAUGCGAACAUGAAAUUAUAUUUUGCGCAAUAAACAGGAAAUACAUUCGUUAUUUCAUUUCUUACAAAUAUUAUACUGUACUUUUGUUUUUAUUAAUUUACUGCAGAUUUGUGUGCAGAAAUCUUCAUUAUUGAUUCAUAUUAUAUAAAAAGACGCAGUAUGCGUCUCUAUGCAGUAUCUAAUACACGCGUGGAUAUAUUCUAAUUUGAUUAAAUCAUGUAUGACACUACGAUGUCAUUUCAUAUGCUGCUGCUACUUCAAUUGUAUAAUUCUUUACAGAGAACGAUAAGUAAUAUUUUAAGAAACUUUAUAUGAUAGUGUACGAUGAGUUUUUAUAGGGAUAUCGGUCAGGAAUGAUUUUUAAUCAAUACAAAUUGUCAAUAAUG